ACACCCUAGACUCCUUUUCAACCGCUUCAAUCCUCUACAGUAUUAUUCUUCCAUCCUAAGCUACGAUUAAUUUUUUUAUUUUCGUUGUUGGAGUUGCACUAUUCAGAUCUACGAAAUCUGCGAAUUAGUGGAUUUAGUUGAAGAAUUCAGUCAAUAAGGAGAUGGCAGGCCGUUACCAUGAGAAUCCAUUUGAGGAAGAAGAAGUCAAUCCAUUUGCUGAUGGAGGGAGAGGGAAGGCAUCAGGACAACCAAAAUUUAGUGGAGGCUCAUUUUAUACUACUACUGGAAGUGUUCCACCUGCUGUAAACUCAAGGCUCUCACCCCUCCCACCAGAGCCUGCCGAUUUCUACAAUCCUACUGCAUCAGUUGAUAUUCCUCUUGAUGGUGCUACUGACCUGAAAAAGAAAGAGAGAGAGCUGCAGGCCAAGGAAUCUGAACUCAAGAGAAGGGAACAGGAAGUUAGGCGGAAAGAAGAGGCUGCCUCACGAGCUGGUAUUGUUCUUGAGGAGAAAAACUGGCCUCCAUUCUUCCCCAUCAUUCAUCAUGACAUUGCCAAUGAAAUACCGAUUCAUUUGCAGAAGCUGCAAUAUGUUGCAUUUACAACCUUGUUGGGACUCUGUUUUGCCCUUCUCUGGAACGUUAUAGCUGUAACUACUGCUUGGAUUAAACUGGGAGAUGCAAAGAUCUGGUUUCUUGCUAUUAUAUACUUCAUAUCUGGGGUUCCAGGAGCAUAUGUUUUAUGGUAUCGACCACUUUACCGUGCAUUUAGGACUGAAAGUGCUAUGAAGUUUGGGUGGUUUUUCAUGCUUUACAUGCUGCACAUUGGCUUCUGCAUUUUUGCUGCAGUUGCACCUCCUGUCGUUUUCAGAGGAAAAUCGCUAACAGGUAUCCUCCCAGCGAUUGAUCUUAUGGGUGACCACGUGCUAGUUGGGAUUUUCUACUUCAUUGGAUUCGGGCUUUUCUGCCUCGAGUCAGUUCUCAGCAUCUGGGUCAUACAGCAAGUAUACAUGUAUUUCCGAGGCAGUGGCAAAGCUGCAGAGAUGAAGCGCGAGGCAGCGAGGGGAGCCUUGAGAGCAGCAAUCUAAUACCUCGAGAGCCACUUCAUAGAUGAACAUAUGUAAAUCAUAUUUUGAAAUUUAUGGCAUUCAAAUAUUGUUGUUGAGGAGACUUUUUGAAGGAGAGACACUAGGAAAUAUUAAAAACAAAAAAAUGGAUAUAGAAACUGCUAACUGAGUUUGUUGAUUCAUAGAUUGUUUGUAAAAUUCAUUGUUUGGCAUUUCUAUUCCAGCUUAUGAAUACAAUUAAUUUCACUUUUGUUA